AUCCGGCAAGUGCAUCAUCACCGUGAAUGGUGGUACUGUUACCCAAAGUGAACUCCAAAAUAUGUAGCCAUUAUCGUUUGUGAAAGUACAUCAUCUACCGUGAAAGUGAUACUGUUACAUAAAAGUGAAGUGCAUGAUAGAGGCUUAUCCGGAAGAAAUGUGAUUAAAAUAAUGAUGCACCAACCAUCCCGUGUUAUACAUCAAUCUUCGGUUGCCCUAAGAUCGGUGUCACAGCCAAAUAGUCAUCAUGCGAGAAGCGGCACUACGGGAGUAUCUUUGGCGAAUCAUGUUCCCGAUCCGCACUCGAGUAAAGCAUCCCAGCAAUACACCAAGUUUCGGAAUAAUCGCAGUGCAAGCAGUAGCCGCGUGGUGGGAGGACUUCAAGCUCAAAUUAGGGCCGAAUCCAAAGUAGAUUGUCUGCGAAAAAAUGAUCCUCGAGUAUGCAAAAAUGGACUGGAGAAUGAAUCCUUCGCGAAUGAUCGUAUCCCCAAGAUGAAGCUGCUGAAAGUGAACUACGUUAAUUUAAAGAACGAGGAAACAGAUAAGAAACCUGCUUCUGAUGUUGAUAGAAAAGAGUCUGUUGCAUCAUUCAACGGCAACCAAGCGAAACAUGGCAAGGUAUUGAAGGAAGAUAUUGAAAAGAAGAAAACAAUAUCCACCGCUACUGUUGUAGGUUGCAGUGAAAAGAGCCCUAGCACUAGUGGUAAGGUGGUUAAUAACGCCACUAAUAGCCUGGCGGACGCAUCAGUUAGCUCUUUUGUCGGCAAAAAAGAGAAAAAGGAAUGCAAACCAUCUACAUCCAGCAAGGAGCCGGAGGCUAAAGUUGGGGAUCCUGGAAAAUCCGGCAAUUCUAAGUAUCUCGUGUACAAGAAACAUAAUGGGUUUGGCGCAAACACACCCAGCUCAACGGAAAGUAGUACUGUAGGCGGUAAACUGCAGUACAUUAAUGACUCCGACAUCAAAAUCAAAGCAUUGGCCAAGAAAAAGUAUGGUUUGCUGUUCGAAAACAAGAAGAAAAGCAAACUAGAAACUGUGCAAUACUACUUCGACAGCCGCGGAUACGAACGAUACGUGGACAAUAAGCUGUACGGUGUAAUUAAUGAGAAAAAGAACCUGCAGGAUGUCCAAUCGGCUCAGUCCGGUUCUACACCACAGACCCAGAAGUUGACCGAUGUUCAACACAAAAGGCUCAGCUGGGAUGUUCGGCAGCAUAAUAGACCCAGCAUGAUGCGCGUCAUUAAUCAGUCACCGGCGGCUAAAAAGUGUGCCAACGUGCUAAUGAUGAACCAGCAAACGGCAUCCAAGCCAAUGUCCGCGGAAGCACCGGACACGUUUGGAGGUGGCGGCUUAAAACAGGAAAAUUGUCGCAUGUUCAAACUGCAAAAAAGCCAUACCAGCACAAACCUGCUGACGCGCCAUAAAUCGAUGAACGAUAUCCACCGCAUCAAUCAACUGUUCCUAGAUUCGAGGGAAGAUCCGGAUCUUAUGUCCAAUUUUUCGUCGCCGAGUCGUCCGAGUCCUAAACACGGAAACAGUAGUGGUUGCGAUCCUAGCUCGCCAAACAAUGAAGUUGCAGUUCGUGAUAGUACACCGGUACAUCGUUUCGAGAAGCACCGAAAAUCAGAACAGAGUAAAUAUCUGGUGCAUAAACGACUCAGUGCGAGGUACAAAACUGAGAGCAAUCUACCAAAAUCGGUGGACGUUAGUACACCGGUUUCAGGUGACAAUAUAACCUCUUGCAGCUUAUCGGGCGAUGACACAAUUAGCAAACGCAUCCGCAAAAUCAUUGACGAUCAGGAUCGUAUUGUAUCGACGGAGACUCUCGAUCAGCAACCAGAUGAGCCACAGAUCCAUGAACAGAAACAGCCGCCCCAGAACCAUUCCAUGUAUCAAUCAAGUGCCGAAAAUGUGUGUUCUAAGAAAUAUCGGCGUCUGUCCAAAUCAAAAUCUGCCGACAAGCUUAUCGUCAAUAGUAAACACACGGGAGAAAUGGUGAUGAAAAAGGAGAAAAAUGGCAAUACUUGUGGCUACAAAAACUGCAAAUUUUCCAACUGUCCAAUGUCUUCAUCGUCAUCGUCUUCAUCCGCUUCCUCGACCACAUCAGCAGGUUCUUGCAGUAAUGACUGUAGCAAGAAAACUGUUUCUUCGGUGAAACCAACACCCAUCGAUAGCAGCACAUCAGAUCAGUUGGAUAUAAUUUUAUGCGGAAAGCGAACUUCGAUUGUGAUUAACGAUAAUGACGACAUCAUGGCGACCACCAAGGAAAUGCCGGAAUAUAAAAACGAAAAGUUUGUCAUGAACAAUUUGCUGAACAAUGGCAUGUUGAGUGGAAAGGUGAAUAAUACACACAACAGCAAAGACGUAAAUGAUGAAUCGGAAAUUAUAACAUCGUCCACAAUAAAGGAAAUCGAUUUGGAGAGCAACAGAAUGAUCAUAGAAAAAUGCAUAUCACAUGUGCCACAAAAUAUCGGCAUUGUAUCGCGACAAAAGUUUUGGAACCAGCAAAAUCAGCGUAACAUUAAAUUGAAAAACAAUCCUCAAACGAAAGCUUACGAUGAUAAGAUCAAAAUCAACAACAAAAUCAAGAACGAGGAAAACAACAGCAUCAAAAUCUUCAUCAGUAGCAGUAAUGGCAGCAAUGGAAACAGCUGUGCCAGCUUCUCCGAACCAACCUCGCUUAUCUCCACAGCAACAUCCAAUAGCAACAGAUCUUCCUCGCGAUCCUACUCUUCCAAUUCUUCGUGGGGUUCUACUGGUAGUGAAUCCGACAAGGACGAUGGUUAUUACGAUCAAAGUGAACGGUCAAUAAGUCCCGAAAAGCAACAACCUUCCUCGAUCGUGUCGACAACCAGUACCGACAGCAGUAGCAGUAGCACAAUCUGUAGUGAGUCAACCAACAUUUCGAGCGUGACUUGUACUAAAAGUCUUCCUACAAGCAGCGGUGCAACGGUUACGCACAGUGGUAAAAAUCGUUAUACGUCCAAAACCAGCAUUAGGCUCGGGUGUGAUGGCUCGCUGUUUUUAAACAAAAGCUAUCUCGAUGAAGGCGAGGAACUUCCCGGUACCGUGACCAGUGAUCUCGAAGGUGAUGACAAUGAAGACGGUAUAUGUGAACUGCAACAAUCCCUCGGCACGAGCAAUUCCUGCUGUUGCUGCCGGAAAAGGCAUCAGAAGUUCGCUCAUCGGACACAACCGUGUUUAGUCAGCUCCAUAGACAUUACAACCAACGGCAACCCAGAAACUCCGCUUUCGACGGAUUGCGAAGGCUUUGGAAUGUCUGCUCCAAAAAUCAACGAUGUUGCAAAUGUACAUAAGCAUAAAAAUGAUCAUUGCUCUUGUAUGAAAAAAAUAAAUGCUCAAAAUAAGAUUGAAAACUUUUCACCACGGCCACGAUCGAUCGAAGGUCCACUUGAUUCGGGUAUCUCGAUUAGCAGCGAUACGGCGAUAACCAGUUCGGAUAGUGAUCUAAAUCUUCAGAGCCAAACGGACUCGGACGAAAGAAAACUGAAACGAGGACAUGUGUUAGCUGAGCUUCUGGAGACGGAACGUAUCUACGUCGCUGAGAUGGGAUCUAUUUUAAAGGGCUACAAGGAUGAAAUGCUGUCCGAGGAAAUGAGCUCACUUGUGCCGCCGGGUUUGCAGGGAAAAUCGGACAUACUGUUUGGAAACUUGCACGAGCUGUACACCUUCCACAAUGAUAUUUUCCUGAAGGAUUUGGAGAACUGCAUUUCCACCACCGAGCUAGUCGCACUAUGCUUCGUUCAGCGGCGCGACACCUUUUUCCGGCUGUAUUCGUACUACUGUCAAAACAUACCUCGUUCCGAGCGCCUGCGGGAAACGCUCGUCGACACGCAUCUAUUCCUGCAGGAAUGCCAAAAGAAGCUCGGCCACAAACUUCCACUGGCCGCCUAUUUGCUGAAACCGGUCCAAAGGAUUACCAAGUAUCAGUUGCUGCUAAAAGAUUUGCUAAAGUUCAGCGAUACAGGCACAUGUUCGCGAGAGCUCCAAAAAGCGUUAGAUUGUAUGUUGGUGGUGCUGAAGUGUGUUAACGAUUCCAUGCAUCAAAUAGCAAUUACAGGCUUUCCGGCUGAUUUGUCGCAGCAGGGCGAACUCCUGAUGCAGGAUUCGUUCCAAGUGUGGACGGAAAGUAAGAAAGAUUUGCGGCUCCGAUUGAAGACACAGAAUAGGCACAUCUUCCUGUACCAGAAGGCGAUGCUGUUUUGUAAGCAAGGUUCCAAAACGGGACACAACAAGAGCACGUACCAAUUCAAACAUUGGCUUCAGAUGUCGCAAAUCGGCUUGACGGAAUCGGUUCGCGGUGAUUCACGACGGUUCGAGGUAUGGUUGCAGGGACGCCAGGAGGUCCAUACAAUACAGGCUGGCACAAUUGAGAUUAAAAACAAAUGGGUUGCCGAAAUUAAGAAAGUUUUGCUAAACCAGCUGGAAGAGCUGAAGGGCGAAAAGAUCAAACAGUAUGGCUUAAACCACAAACCGCUACGGCACAUGACAUCGUGGGACGUUCCACAAGCCGUUCAUGGUACCCCGAAUCGAAUCGUGAGCUGUGACCAGCAGACGCAGUUACAAUCCAAUGGAUUGGCAGCCGCAGGUAUGGUGGGACUUGCGCAGGAUGUCGUUACGCGAAUAUCGAACUUGAACGACGAUAGUCUGUUGAACGCGACCGGAAUCUCGUCAUCUUCAUCAGAGCACGACAAUCAGGAGAGCAAUGCGUGGAGCUCCGAUUACUCCAACAGCGAGGAUGAAUUCACCACGGUGGAAGACAGUGUCGUGCCGGGGCAUAAGUUUGUGUCGCUGGCCGAUUACUGCGCCAUGGGUAAUUCGGAAGUAUCCAUGAAGGAAGCGGAAGUGGUAGAACUGUUGAAGGUCGGUUGUGCAGGAUGGUGGUUCGUGAAGGUUAUCUCUACCGGUCUAGAAGGAUGGGCACCGGCAGCAUACCUGGAAGCAGUCAGUCGCAAAAAUUCUCGCCUUCGGAAUGCUCGUAGUCAGGACCGUCUGAACGAGCACUAGAAACUCAAAAAACAGCGUCUUUUCGCGUUCGUAACUGCAGUGUGCGUGCAUGGUCGACGAAAGGAGAGAUUAUCAAAUUGAGCCAAAGCAAAGAGAAAUUGACUGCGCGUGAAUGCGCCUCUGGGCACUUUAUAGAAUGUCAAGUAUUUAGUUAGACAAUACCUAUCGCGUUGUCAUGUGUUCUCUCCGGGCGAGCAUUUGCGAACCGGGCAUGACAAAAGUCUGAUUUACGUACCUCGAAUUCGAAAUGUCGAUUCUUUAUAACGUUAAUUAAUAGAUCAUGAUACUCUGCGUCCUCUCGAAGUUUUGGAAAAAAGUUAAAUAAUUAAAAAGAUACUAACCUUUAGCAAAAGGUGCAUAACCGUACGAUGGACGAUCUAGUACCAAUCUUUUUCGACGCUUUUGCUAUCAUUUUUAAGUUAUCAUGCUGAAUGUAUCAUCCAUCGUGAAGGUAGUACAUUAGAAAGUGCGUUUGGUGGCAAGUAAGCCGUCUAACUGGCUUAUCAGUACUCCAAUUUGCUCGAAAUCGUGAUAGUCGUACUAUUUUACGUGGUCGUUACACUCUUUUGCUUGGAAAUUAUGAGUAAAUGCUAGCGUUUACUAACCAACCCCAUUUAAUUUGCUGAAUUAUCGAAUUUAUAGUGAAACGUUCCGAGUUGUUGUAUAUUACAUACCUAGCUUAUAAACUACUGCUCAAACGCGCAAUAUGAACCUAAUCAAAACACGUUUUUUACACACGAUAAAAAAGAAACCCCCCGGUCCGGUUGCCGUUAAUCGUGUACGUGGUUUUGAGUGAAUGCUGCAAUUAAUAUCAUGUCAUACACAUAUUUAUCUCGGAAACACAUAAACUAUGCACUUACGGUAUGCUGUGUUGUUUUUAUGUGGCUUAUAUGUAUAGCUUCGAUCUGUGGGUAGCGUAGCGAAGGCGAACAGCAGACAUUUAUUUGUGCAAGCAGAACAGUUUAAGUUAUAACAUUGGACAUCUUUGUAAAAGAUAUUAUGGAACGAGUGCAAGUAAAAUAUAAUAAAACCCGACA